UCUAUUCAAAGCGCUUGUCAGAAGAAAAACAUGGGAUAUUUUGAAUCAUUCAUAUCUUAAUCCCCUGUUUCCAGCUUAACCAACAUCGCAAACUUUGGUGAGAGGUUAGAGAUUUGAAAUGUAUAUCGCGUGUUAGCUCAUUAUCAUCAGGAACACAUGCACAUGGAAGGCAAGGAAAACAUGGAAGGCUAGAAGUCCAACAUGCAGAAGUAUGACCCCAACUGUCCUUUGGCCACAAUGGAAGACAUCCAGAAGGCCUACAAGGUCGUACAGGAGAGCGCCCUCUGCGUACGAACUCCAAUGGCGCACAAUGCUCAAGAAUGGAUGAGACUUGAUCUUGCCUGCGACCUGAGUCUGAAGCUGGAAAAUACACAGACAACAGGGUCAUUCAAGGUCAGAGGUCUUGCUAAUCAACUGGCUCACAUCCCUGAAUCCGUGCAACAGGAAGUAAUUACCAUGUCAGCAGGGAACUAUGGGAAGGCCUUCUCCUUUGCUAUGCAGCAACGAGGGCUAAAGGCCAGGGUCCUCAUGCCAGAAACAGCCCCACGAGUCAGAGAGGAGAUCAUGAAGGGUUAUGGAACUGAAGUUGAACGCGUGCCAGCCAGAGAGCUCCAGCCUACCGUUGAUCGCUACGUAACCAACGAAGGAAUGCAUUAUCUACAUCCCUUCGAUGAUUUCAAUUUAAUCUGUGGACACGGAAGCACAGGUUUAGAGAUUCUUGAAGAGGUGCCAGAUCCUGAUGUGAUCGUCGUAUGCUGUGGGGGAGGAGGUUUACUGGCUGGAAUAGCCGCUGCUGUAAAACUUUCAGGGAAAUCUCAUACAAAGAUCUAUGGGGUGGAACCCGAACAAGCUUGUUGCAUGUACAAAAGCAAACAGUUAGGGAAACCAGCACAAGAUCCGAAUGUACGCUCUAUCGCCUCAGGACUAUCCCCUCCGUUUGCAGGUUCGAAUGCAUUUCGCCACGUUGAAGAAUACGUAGAAGAUAUUCUCCUACUCAGUGAGGAAGAAAUCAUCGCGGCGGUCUCUCGUCUCUAUCACGCCGGGUUGGUGGUGGAGCCAGCGGGGGCUGCAGCCUUUGGAGCGGUUCUUUUCGGUAAGGUGCCCGACAUCGAGGGCAAGAAGGUGGUGGUGGUGAUCACUGGCGGGAAUGUCUCGCCUCAAGAACUCUGCGAUAUCCUCAAGACCCCGUCGUGAUGUGGACCUCAAGAGACACUCAUAAGAAAUCGGAAUUUCCCGUAUUGUGAUUACAUUUUCAGUCGUUCCAACACACAUCUAAGGUGGAUUUUUCAUUUACCGAAAAUAAUUGACCAAUUUUACUUGUAUUAUGAUCAUGUUAAAAAUUACGAGAGUGGCACGACGGUACGGACAACCCGAAAACGUCAAGCCUCUGCUACAUAAUGUCAUACAAAUGUAUUUCAUAUUAUGUUGAGAAAAUGUAUGUAUAAAACGGGUAACUAUAUUGUGGUUAACGUGUAUAUUCAGUUGCAAUGUGCCGAAAUAAAGUAUGAUUUCUUUCA